GGCCUCACCCGGCUGGCCAGUCUUGUCUGGUUCCCGAGGCUGCUGCAGGCCGGACUUUAGACUUGCUCCCUGGUGUUCUCUGCUGAGGCGGUAGGAGUUCAAAUGAGGUCCUUGGUGAAGGCUGGAAUAAUUUGGGGUGGAUAAGAGAGGAUCAGACACUGGAGGCAGCUCAAGAGAUGGCUGCCCAGUGUGUGAUGAAGGUGGAGCUGAAUAUUUCCUGUGACAAUCUUCUGGAUAAAGACAUAGGGUCAAAGUCGGACCCGUUGUGCGUGUUAUUUUUGAAUACAAGUGGUCAGCAGUGGUAUGAGGUUGAGCGCACAGAAAGGAUUAAGAAUUGCUUGAAUCCUGCAUUUUCCAAGACAUUUAUUAUUGAUUACUACUUUGAAGUGGUUCAGAAAUUGAAAUUUGGGAUUUAUGACAUUGAUAACAAAACAGUCGAGCUGAACGAUGAUGACUUCUUAGGAGAAUGUGAAUGUACCCUUGGACAAAUUGUUUCCAGUAAGAAGUUGACUCGACCACUGGUGCUUAAAAAUGGCAGACCUGCGGGUAAAGGCAGCAUCACGAUUUCAGCAGAAGAAAUAAAGGAUAACAGAGUGGUCUUGUUUGAAAUGGAAGCAAGAAAACUGGAUAAUAAGGAUCUAUUUGGAAAGUCAGAUCCAUACCUGGAAUUCCACAAGCAGACAUCCGAUGGAAACUGGCUCAUGAUUCAUCGAACAGAGGUUAUUAAAAACAACCUGAAUCCUGUUUGGAGGCCUUUUAAAAUCUCUCUUAACUCACUAUGCUAUGGAGAUAUGGAUAAAACUAUUAAGGUAGAGUGCUAUGAUUAUGAUAAUGAUGGGUCACAUGAUCUCAUUGGGACAUUUCAAACCACCAUGACCAAACUGAAAGAAGCCUCCAGGAACUCACCUAUUGAAUUUGAAUGCAUAAAUGAAAAAAAGAGACAGAAGAAAAAGAGCUACAAGAAUUCAGGUGUCAUCAGUGUGAAGCAAUGUGAGAUUAUAGUGGAAUGCACAUUUCUUGACUAUAUUAUGGGAGGAUGUCAGCUGAAUUUUACUGUGGGAGUAGACUUCACUGGCUCCAAUGGUGAUCCAAGGUCUCCUGACUCCCUUCAUUACAUCAGCCCCAACGGUGUAAAUGAGUACUUGACCGCUAUCUGGUCUGUGGGACUGGUCAUUCAAGAUUAUGAUGCUGAUAAGAUGUUCCCAGCAUUUGGCUUUGGAGCCCAAAUACCUCCUCAGUGGCAGGUUUCGCAUGAAUUUCCCAUGAACUUUAAUACAUCCAACCCCUACUGUAAUGGGAUCCAAGGCAUCGUGGAGAGUUACCGGCUAUGCCUUCCUCAGAUAAAACUCUACGGACCCACGAAUUUCUCCCCAAUCAUCAACCAUGUGGCCAGGUUUGCUGCUGCAGCUACACAGCAGCAGACAGCUUCACAAUAUUUUGUGCUCCUGAUCAUCACGGAUGGUGUGAUCACAGACCUGGAUGAGACCAGGCAAGCUAUCGUCAAUGCUGCCAAGCUGCCCAUGUCCAUCAUCAUUGUUGGAGUGGGCAGUGCUGACUUCAGUGCCAUGGAAUUUUUGGAUGGUGACAGUGGGAGUCUGCGUUCCCCAUCAGGCGAGGCUGCCAUCAGAGACAUUGUCCAGUUUGUGCCUUUCAGACAGUUCCAGAGCGCUCCCAAAGAGGCGCUGGCUCAGUGUGUCUUGGCAGAGAUCCCCCAGCAGGUGGUGGGCUACUUCAACACGUACAAGCUCCUUCCUCCCAAGAACCCUGCUACUGCCACCAAGUGAAAUCUCUCCUGCCUCCCCUGAUGAUGGACAUGAUGUCACAUACUUUCAAACCAUCAUUUAGGAUGUGAACCUAGUUCUCUGUGUAUUCCAUUUACUUAAAGCAUUCUUUUUAUUCUUUUUUUUUUUUUGAGAAAAAGUGCUAAUUUAAUAUUUGCCCAAUCAAUUCAGUGGUUGCUUUUGACUUCUAGUAAUUGCAGUCAGGCUGUUGGAUUAGACACUCAUGUGAGGAAAGCCAGUUUUGUUGUGAUAAUUGUUUACUUUCAUAGGGUGAAAAUGCCAUUUUGAAUGUUUGUUAAUAGAAAAAAAGAAAACUUGUUGGGAUGGUGCAGUUUCAGGUUGCUAUAUUUUGUGUGUCACAAGACCAUGUCCAUCUUGGUGACAAGGCUUCUCAAAGGAGAUGACACUGGAUUUAUUCCUAUAAUAGUUCAGUGCUUUUCCAGAGGCUCCAAGUGCCCCCACCUGCACCUACGUUUGUGGCAGAGUAAAUUUGGUCCAGUUCAUUGUCCAGUUCACAGUGCAGCAGCAGCCACCAGGACUUCCUGCAGAGUGCUGAAUGACAAGGCACACACCUGGUCCUUAUGACACAGUCAGCAACCUCCUUCUAGUAUAAGUAGCCAUCCGUGUUUGCCGCUCAGUCCUUUUGGUGCAUGCGGAACACUGUCCAUGAGGUCCAUGAGCUCAGGGUCUGCAACUGCAGGCAAUAGCUUGUCCUAGAAUCUCCAUUACUAGAGCAUUUUCACUGUUUUGUUUUUUUUUAAUGGCUAAGAUUGCUUUGUCCAUGAAAACUAUGAGGACCCAACCAGAAUUUUAUUUCCUUUUCACUUAAGAAAGACUGUGCUUAUUAAGAAAGGAUAGUUUUAUACUUUGCUUGCUAAGGUCCCAUAUGUUGAUUUGUACAUAAUUAUUUGGAUAUUUUCUCCUUUUUUUAAGUAACAUUUUUAGUCUGAUUUUUAAACUCAUGAUAAUGGUUAUCAAUGAAUCAAAAUUAUACUCUCUAUUUUAACAGUGUGCCAUUUCCUAAGCUAGAAUGUACUGUAUUAAGCAUAAAACCUACUAUGACCAGUGUGGCUCAGUUUGAACAUUGUCCCAUAAACUGAAAGGUUGCCAAUUCUAUUCCUGGUCAGGGCACGAUGUGUUUGGGUUGUGGGUUCGGUUCCCAGCUGGGGCAUGUGAAAGAUGAAAUCGAUCAAUGUUUCUCACAUCAGUGUUUCUCUCCUUCACUUUCUCCCUCCCUUCCCUUCUCUCUAAAAAUCAAUGAAUAAAAUCUUUUUUUUUAUUUUUAAGAUUUUAUUUAUUUAUUUUUAGAGGAUGGGGAAGGGAGGGAGAAAGGGAGAGAAACACCAAUGUGUGGUUGCCUCUUUCACAAUCCCCACUGGAGACCCGACCUGCAACCCAGGCAUGUGCCCUGACUGGGAAAUGAACCAGGACCUUUUGGUUCACAGGCCCACGCUCAAUCCACUGAGCUACACCAGCCAGGGCUAUAAAAUCUUUUUUUAAAAAAAGGAAGAAAACAUUUUAUAACUUUGAAAAAAUCCAACUUCUGCCUUAAGAUGCACUUAAGGUGCACUUUACAUGCUUUUUCUCACUGAUUUUUACCCUUUAGAACAUAUUAAUGAGCAAACAUUUUAUCAUCAGAAUAGAUUCAGCAAUGGUUAUUGAGGACCCUUGUGCCAAGCAUUGUGCAUAUCCAUAUAUUGGCCAAUCAUCUUUAAUAAUUCAACAUUAAAAAUUUCAUAUUGAUCACAAAUCAUCAAGUGGAUGCAUCCAGUGCUAUGCUAAUAUGCCAUUCAGUCCUGAAACUUGCACCAAAGCUCGUAUCCCUUGUUCUGUGAAACGUCUGGUUCUUCCAAGUUUGGAGCCUUCCUUGUCCGGUGUUCUAAUUUUAUUUGGCUUAGAUGCAACACAUGAAUGUUGCUGUGGUUUUCAGAAUUUUGUUUUUUAAACACACUCCCAAAGCCCCUCCUUACUCCCUAAUGCUAACCAGCCCUGCAGCACCAGCAUCUUCUGUAUGGAGUACUAGGGACCACUGGCUGUGACUGGUCAUCAAUCCACUGCCCAGAUCACAGUACUUCUGCCACCACUGUCCAACUGGUUGGAUCGUCACAAUGUCAUAUUCUGGUUUUAACCAGAAUUAUUUCCUUUUUAAAAUUAGUUAUUUAUUAUUCAUUUUUUAUCAGAUUCAUCAAUAGAUGCUGUUUCUCAUAAGAACUCUGGUUCCCACAAAUUAGGGCAAUGGAUACCUUCUUGCAGUUUGGAAUAAAAGCGGUUACAAUUUGUAAAUUAUUUUAUAAAGUCUGUACAAUUCCUACAUUUCACCUCAUUGUGUGUGAUUUACUAUUAUUUUAUAUUAAAAUAGCCCCUUACCCUGUUGUGCCACCAUUCAUUCAAGUGUUAUUAGUUCUUAAAGUGCAUUUAGAGAAACGAUAACCAGACAUAUUACAAGCAUAUGCUGGGACAACAGUGCCCCGGGUGGACACACUAUUUCUCACACAUGCCUAUACAGAGGACAGUAUACCCGUCAACAUAGUCAGGUCAUGGAGGCGUAGAGUUGGGUCCAAAGCUUACAUUAGUCUGCUGUCUCUGAGCAGGUUCAGGGCCCACUGCAGAGUAUGCCUCAUCCUCAUGUUUUGUAUUGUUUGUGUGUCUCCUGGAAAGUCAUCUCAGUCAAUCUCUCCAUGUAUGUGGUUGACAGUCAUAGAAGUGACACAUAAGCAAGACAUCUUGCUAUGAUUUCAAGAAUUGUUUCAUGCUUUUUGGAUAUCAUCCUUGACAAUAAGUAUAUAAGUUACAAAUACAGGGUCUGGCAGAAGUAAGGCCUGCUUGAGUAUGGUUGGUAGGGUAAUAAUAUGGGUGUAACAAUUUAUAAUUUUAAUUUGAACAUUUCACCUAAAAUGUCAUGUGGUAUAUUUGAAUGUGGUACUGUUAUGUUACAGAAUUACAUGUUUAUGAUUUUAUAAUAAAAAGUUUGUAAUGAAAUAAGGGCAUUAUUUGUGCUGAACCCUAUUAGUUGAUGUUAAACAUAUCUUCCAUUUGAGUUCCCUUUGGAUAAAGAUAUUUCUUGAUGUGAUACAAUAGUGUCUUGUUUUCAUUUUUAUUCUUCUCUACAUGUUAUCAAAACCAGUAGAAAAGUUAGAAAUAAAGUGAAUGUAGUAUGUUAAGUGGCCUGUGUUCCAUAUUUUACUGAAUUAAAGAGUUUGGGUGAUGUUAA